GCUCAGUAGAACGCACGUACUUCUGUCGUCAGCCAAAGUUUAUGCUGUUAAGCAAUGAAGUGAUUUGGGUUUAGAACUUUAAAACACUUCGUUUGAGUAACUCAAAGUUAGGAUAUUGUGAUUAUUAACAACAUUGCUUCCAGCUCCAGCCGCUGCAUCUGUUCAAUCGUGACCUUUUACCGUGUCCGAGAUUUGCACCAUUCGUGAGGAUCUCGCUAUCCAACACAACCAACCAUGACUGUGGAACGUAUCGACACGUUCUACGACCUGGACAGCAUCUACAGCACCAUCGAGCGGAUGCUGCUGCUCAUACGCCAACUGUCCGGUGUGGCCCGGCUGGGUGAAAAUGGCCGUUCCCUUUCCUUCGAACUCCAGUGGAUCAACGAAAUUGACGAACGGAAGUACCAGAUCGAGGAGCUGCGCAGCUCGGUACAGUAUCUGUUCGCCCAGUUUCGCAAGAUCUAUCUCGUCAACAAGGAUCUGUACGCACAGCUGAACAAGCGCGGUGGUCGUGUGUUUGAGCUGGACAAACAGAUCGAAGCCCAGGGUGACAGCAAGUAUCUUUACUUCCUAACCGAUGCGAUCAAGUACGAACCGGCACUGCUCGCCAUGCAACGGGUGCUUGAUCGUACGAUGCGCGAAAUAAGGAUCUUCCGGAACCAGCGCAAUCAGCACAAGCUGGAGCUAUGCAUUGGACACAUCCGGUGUGAGAACUAUGACAAGGUGUACGAUGAGUACUGUUCGUUUGAGAAUGGGUUGCAACAGCUACCGCUAAUCAUUGAAGCGGUUUUCGAGCGGGACAUGAAGAAUCUUCUCAAGGUGCUGCUAUUUCUUACCGGCUACCGGAAGCUCAACAAAGCCAACUCUUCCGAAACGUUCGUGACCGGGUGCGAGUACAUGCUGCAGCAGCUACAGCAAUCGAACGAACUGUUGGAACAUCCGCUUAGCCUGCUGCUGUACGGCUUUGUGGUCGAUUCGCUUCACGAGCUCCCGGAACUGUCGGCGGCUUCACGAAUGGAAGACGUCUACCGGGAACGGUUGGAAGCUGUGCGAUCGGAGCUGAUCGACUGUAUCCAGCGAACGGUGCGACUCAUCCAAACGACACCCCAUGUGACAGCUUCACUGGCGAAACUUUUUCACCAUAUAGCUGAGGAAAUCCUGAUCGAACUGUUGAAGCGAGCCUAUGAAGGAGACGUUCGGAAUCUGCAAAACAUUCUACAGUUUGUUGCACACUUGUCUUGCAUCGAUCACGAUAUCGUUAGCUAUCGUGUGCUGUACGCCCAGAUGGAGCAUUACGAUCAUCUGUUUCAGCCGGAGAUAUUCCUGCUUGCCUAUCGCAUCAAACAGACCAUGCAAGAGUCGGGCUUUCCGACUGCAAACCUGCGUGGAGAUUUAGAACGUCUCAAAGCCAGCCUGCCUCCCGUUGUGGUAACGAUCCUGUGGAAUACGGUUACAAUUUCCCGCCACGAGUCUCGCAUCCUGCUCAAAUUUAGCUCCAUCGGAAAGGAUGUUGGAUUUUCGCGCUAUAUUGCCGACAAGAAUCGGGUAGAGUUUGAGCCCCUGGAGGAGGGAAACUGUUUCCGAAUUCGAGCUUGUGCCAUUAACGGAUUUCUUGGUGAGAGUGGCACAGGAUCGCCAAUGAUCGCGCCCAAAUCGGAAAGCCUUUCGAAUGCAAAGUUUCGCUGGAGAUUAAUCCCGGUAGCGAGCUGCGAGUACUUCCGAGUGCAGAACUACGCCAGCGGAGCACUGCUAUACUCACAGAUACCGUGCGAGGAGUCGGAGUACGAUUUCUACAACAGUAAGGAGGUGUUGCAGCUAACGGGCAGCGAACGUUCACUGACCGCACAGAACAGCUACUGGAAGCUAAUGGAAUAUUCGCGAAGAUCGCGCAGUGGUAGCGGCAGCCUGAGUGAAGGAGAAUGUCGCAUUCUGUGAGCUCGCUGUAAACGCACUGUUCGAGUCCAUUUGUGUGGCCAUAAGUCGGCUAAUGACACGCGCGGUCGCCCGGCUAAGUGCUAACGAUUCCCGCACAUUGUGUGUAGCUCGCCAAAACCAGAUGCAGCUGAACAAAUAGCGUCCACUACGGGCGAACCGAGCGCGAGUGCGGACGUUCCAUUUUGCAGGAUGCGAUUGUUAUUUUUGCUCCCAUCCAGCUACCACACCCACCGGCCAGCGCUCCGGCCCACAUCCGGACCCGCCCCUCACAGUGUGCGAUCGGAAUUACUUCAACCGGUAGUGAAUAAGGACCAUAAAUAACCCGUCCCAUUGAUGAUGAGUAUGUACGCGGUGCGGCGGUGUGGGACGGUGGCAAGAGUAACCGUUUGUUUUGAUUGUACUACCAUAAUCGAGGCCGAGCGUGAAUGAAUCAGUGCCCCGUUAUGGGUGAGGACCGCAGCAGGUUCAAACUGCUCCCGCCUCCAUUCGGGUCGGAUAUGCUGCGAAUGUUUUUCCACGUGGCACCGGGACAAAAAAUGAUGACGAUACCCUUGGAACUGGUUUUUUACUGUUGUUGUCUAGAGCUAGACGAUUGGGACAAUCCCAAACAGGACCGUGAUAUUCAUAUACGUAGUGCUAUAUUUUAAGAAUGACGAAAUGAAUCUGAUUCCAACGCAGCGUAUGCUAGGGAGCGGAUAAGUUUGGGGGUGGGAAGACGAGAGAUAAAGGUUGAAUUUACUACGAAACAUUGUUUACGUUUCGUUGUGCUGCGUUUGAUCUGAACGGGAGUGAGCUGCUGAACACAAUGACGAUGCGCCAGGAUUGUUCAUUACUCAUCGCGAUCGUGAAGACUGUGUGGCAUACAGUGCCGUUAUUAUUGUAAGAUAUGUAAUGCGUUAGAUUAGAGUAGGAGGAAUAAAUAUUGUUAUGUGACAGUAGAAAAAAAAUCUAAAUAUAACUCAUUGUUAAUUCUGUAACGAAUGAGAUAAAUAAAAAAAAUAAUGUUUAAACGUAAAACACCAGGCGUCUCCAUCUUGCUAUGUUUCAAAGUUCGGUCCUAUAGAUAAGAGACUGUAAAAAGAAUACUUCUACGACUUUCCACUUGUUGCAUGAAAUCAUUACCAAAACACAGGAUAAAAAAAUAUUCUAGAAAGGUAGGUAUAGACAAGGCAUGGCCAAAUAGUUCAGGAACCUAGAGACAAAUAAGAAAGACCAGGCGUCUCCAUCCCUAUUGGAUAUACAAAAUAUUGAAAAGAGAAUGGCUUAAAAUAAAAAAUAAAAACUUAUGAAAAUUGUUUGAUUUUUGCUCAAAAUUAUUCGAUACGAAAAGUAAACUAUGACCACGAACACUACCUGUUGUGCGGAGUAAGCUUCACGCUACCGUAAACUAGAUGGAGCUAGCAGAAUAAGCUUCUCCUCCAUGGGUAAGCUUUCCACGUAUUUUUAU